CAGGCUAGGUUGCGCGGCAGCCGCACUCUGACGGCUUUAUGUUGGUGCGCACGCGUUAUGCGGUGUUGGGCUGGUGGGAUCCACCAUCUAAUCGAGUUCCCGGAUUGUGGCCCAGACAAUGGUGGCCGAGGUUUCAGGUAAAAAUCAGCACAAAGAUUGGGAGAGGAGUAAUUGAGAUUGAAGUCCCUAGAACUCAAAGGGGACGGAAUGACUAACCGCUAGGCGGGGUAUGGUGCCUGCUGGCGGGAGUUAUAGCUGAAAUAGUUCGCGGAUCUUUCUCGGCCUCUUUAAAAAAAAUGGCGCUCCCAGCACGUCAGUACCUUUGAGAAAUCGGUGCGUUCUGGCGGCUCGAACUGGAGGCUGCGGUCACUGGACAGAGCAUUCGCCUGUUGGGGGCAGAGCAUCCCCCAGCACUGCACGCCGUAGCAACAAGCCACGCAGUCGGUGUCCCAGGUUAAAUAAAGGUCCCGCUGUCUCCGUGUUCGUGCCCCCACUCCCCAACUCUUUCCAUCUCGUUGCAGCCGAGCUGAUGCCGGUGUGAAAGGACAGCUGCUAGUCCUGCCCUUGUAGUAGAAGCAUUCGAAGUUUUGAAGAUGAGUGCGGCUGGCUCCACGAUUAAAAUGUGUGAUAACUGUGGUUACAGAGGGCCCGCAGCGAAAAGGGAACAGAAAACACAGCCACUUAUUCGGGAGCGCCCGAGAGCCGACAUCCCAGCCAUUGAGAUACAUUUUGUUUCUGUUACCCGUUGAGUUGCCUAUUUGUGCGAAGUGAUGGGUAAACUCAAUUAGUUUUUGCUUUGAAGGCCUAUACUUCGGAAUUAACAUCGUGCGAGUAUGACCCACUGAAAGGAUGCAGAAGGAAAGGAAGCCACUUGGCCCAUCGUGUCACUUGUUUUACGACUCUCCUGCCUUUUCCCCAUAACCCUACCAAUCUUCCAUUUUCUGAUCGCUUUAUGCUAUUACUGAAUCUCCCACCACUGUAUUACCAUAGAAAAUUUGGAUAAUAAUACAACAGUAAUUCAAUUUGCAUAUAGGCUGGGUGACCCUGACUAGUACUAAAAUUAUGGAGGGAUCAUUCUUUGGAAUGUAUGCAAGACUUUUUUGUGUAGCAGUGUUUAGCAAUCAUUGUAAAUGAACCUCUGUGAAACAAGCCAUACAAUUGUAGACUUUGAGGUUGUAGACAUGCAUGCCAAGCUGCUGGGUUUGAUUGCAAACACGUUGUCACUCUACUCAGUAACAUCAUCAGUGCACUUCUGGUGAUGUAGAUUUUUAUGUCAAGUUCGAACGUGAUGUAUUCAAUCAGUUAUUGAGAGCUUGCGGAGACAAGGGCUGAGUGGUUUGAUCAUUGAAUUAGUAACCCAGAGACACACAUAAUGUUUUUGGGACCCAGGUUUGAAUCUACCUAGGCAAAUCAAUGUUAAUUCGGUUUUCAGAAUCUGGAUUUAGAGGCCAUUGUCAUAAAACCCAUUUGGUUCACUUUAGGGAAAGAAAACUACCAUCCUCCUUUAAUCGGCUUACACAUGACUCCAGACCCACAGCAAUGUAGUUGACCUUUACCUGCCUUCGGAAAUGGUUUAGCAAGCUUGAAAAAAAGAAGUAAAGUCCUCCUGACCAAUGCAUGAAAUCACAUCUUGUAAGCAAUAUUUCAAACUGCAACAUCAGCAAAUCAACAGGAAAGACUCAACAGAAGUAGUAGCACACCGGUACACAGUCAGAAGGAACUUAUGCCGGGAGUCUUCAACAGUGACUCUACACUCCAUGAGGUGUCAUGGCUUCAGGUCAAAUGUAGGCAAUCCUGCUGAUUUACUAGGAGCAGCAUCAGGCAAACCUAAAACUGAAGUGCCCACCUGCUGAAGGCACAAAGUAGGACAACAUGCAUGGGAAAUUCCAUAAACAGGAAGUGAUAAGCAGAGCUAAGCAGUUCCAUAACCAGUGAAUCAGAUCUAACCACUGCAGUCCCGCAGCACCUGUUUGUGAAUGGUGGUAGACAAUUAAACAACUCACUGGAGGAAGUGCCUGCACAAACAUCCUAUUACCAUCCACAAUGAUAGGGAAGCAUUGCACAUCAGUGCAAAAGAUAAGCUGCAACAUUUGCAACAAUUUUCGGCCAGAAAUGCCAAGUGGCUGAAUCAUCCUCGCCUCCUUCAGAGUUCCCUGACAUCACAGAUGCCAGUCUUCAGCCAAUUUGAUUCACUUCAUUGAUAUCAGGAAACAGUUAGAGGCACAGGAUACUCCCAAAAAACUGGACCUUGUCAACAUUCUGGCAAUAGAACUGAAGACUUGUGCUCUUGAGCUUGCUGCAAUCAUAGCCAAGCUGUUCUUGGUAUAGCUACAUCUACCCAGCAAUGUGCAAAAUUGUCCAGAUAUGUCCAGUGCACAAAAAGCAUGAUAAAUCCAACCUGCCGAAUACUACCUCGUCAGGAAAGUGAUAGAAUGUGCAAUCACAAGUGCUAUCAAGCAGUACGCCCUUAGUAAAAGCCUUUUCAUUGACAUUCAGUUUAGGUUCCAGCAGCCCCAUUUAGCUCUUGACCUCUUUACAGCCUUGGUCCAAACAUAGAGAAAGGAGCUGAAUUCCAGAGGUGAAAUGAGAGUGGUUGCAUAUGACCAAGUGUGGCAUCAAAUAGCCCUAGCAAAACGAGUCUGAGGGAAUUUGGGGAAGGCUCUUUGGUUGGAGUCAUACCUGGCACAAAGAAAGAUGAUUGUGGUAGUUCAAAAUCCAUCAUUUCAGUUCCAGGACAUCCUUUCAGGAGUUCCUUAAUGUAGUGUCCUUGACUCAACCAUCUUCAGUUGAUUCAUCAACGACCUUCCCUCCAUCAUCAGGUGAGAAGCAGGGGUGUUUGCUGAUGACUGCACAAUAUAUGGCACCAUUUGCAAUUUCUCUGAAAUUGAAGCAGUUUGUGUCCAAAUGCAGCAAGACUUGGACAAUAUCCAGGUUUGGGCUGAUAAGUGGCAAGUAACAUUUUGGGCUAUGAAAAGCCAGGCAAUGACCAUCUCCAGCAAAAGAGAAUCUACCCAUUGCCACAUGACUUGUAAUGACAUUGCCAUCACUAAAUUGACCAUGGCUCCUUAGCGCCUUUGAAACCCAUGACUAAGUCCACUCAAGUCCAUGAGUGGCAAAUGCAUGGGAACACCACCACGUGCAAGUCCGUCCAAGCCACUUACCAUUCUGACUUGGAAACAUAUUGCUGUUCCUUCACUUUGGAUAGUCAAAAUCCUGGAAUUCCCUCCUUAAGGGCAUUGUGGAUCAACCGUCACAUGGACUGCAGCAGCUCAGGAAGGCAGCUCACGGUCACCUUCUGGAGGGCACCUAGGGAUGAGCAGUAAAUGGUGGCCAGCCAUCAAUGCCCACAUCCAUGUGUGAAUUUAAAAAAAAUAAAAGCCCCUGCUAUCAACAACCUGGGAAUUGCCUUUGACCAGAACUGAACUAGCCAUAUAAGCACUGUGGCUACAAGCACAAGUCAGAGGCUAUGAAUCUUGCAGCAUCUAACUCACCUGACUGUCAAAGCUGGUUCCCUGUCUGUAAAGCACAAGUCAGGAGUAUGAUGGAAUACCCUACAUUUGCCUGGAUGUGUGCAGCUCCAAAAACACUUGAAGAUUGAUCUCAGUAAGGACAAAGCAGCCCACUUGUUCGCUAACAAUCCACAAACAUUCUCUCCCUUCACUAGCAAAGCUCAGUUGCGGUAGUGUUUGCCAUCUACCUGGUGCACUGGCAAAAAUUCUCCAUUUGGAUGGCACCUUCCAAAUCCAUUAGCCUAUCGUCUAGAAGGUCAACAGCAGUGGAUAAUUAGAAACUCCAGCAUAUAAUUAAUACAUCCUAAAUGUCCUCUGGAAUUGUCUUUUCUUGGAGAAAACAGAUGUGUCUUUUUGAUACACGACAGAAACAUUUUGUGGUUAUUUUUGACAUUGAUGACAAGAUCUGAAAAUAUACUUUAAGCUUUGAAAAAAAACAUGCUCCUAAUAAAAAUGCUUCAUUUGAAGCGAACAUGCUGCCCUUUGAUGAACUUCUGUCGCCCACGGGCAAUGGGCUGUGAUUCCUUACUGGAUCAGUUAGGCAACUGCGCCAAUGAGGACCAAAUAUUUGAUGUUGUAGCGAAGAAUAAAGCCAAGCUUUCAGUGGAACAUGUCAAGCAUGCAAUACAUCUGCUCUGGCAAUUUCAAAAAGAAAGGCCACAAAUGCUGAGGACAAUAGAUAUCAUUAGAAAACAUCCACAGUUCAUGGUUCUUCAUGCAGUAGCUGAAAACAAGAUCGACCUGAUGGAUGAUGAUACAUUGGUGGACAUGUUAUACAAUGCACUGAGGUUGAAUGUUGAACCUCAUGAUUCAAUGAUACAACAAUUUAUGGUUGAGGCAUCAAGACGGAUUGAAAGGUUUAAUAUGGCUAUAUUAUCCAAGUUUGCUGUGUGUCUGACUGAUCAACAUAUGUACCACAGUCCACUGAUGGGAGAAAUCACUGAUAUUGUUCACAGGAAGUUGGAAUAUAUACAAGAUGCAAGGAUACUUUCAUCUUUAAUGUUGAGCAUUUCUGGAAUGAUCUCCACAAAUCUUCGGAAUUGUCUAAUAGAAAAGGCAGAAUUUCUGUUGGAUACCAGGGAUCCUUCGCAAUUGAACAAUUCACGCCGAAUAGUACAAUUUCUGCGCAACAUCAAGUUCAGUUAUCGUCCUCUGUUGGAAAAAUGCAACAAGAUUUUUCUCCAGAACAUAAAAAAUCUAGAUGCUGAUAACAUAAGUAUAAUCCUUGGGGUGUACCAGUCUUUACAUUUUAACAAUUGUGACUUUCGAUUAGCAGCUAAGUGGAGACUUACUGAACUUGUGAAUGCCCACAGUGACCCUGCCAGUUUUCUCAGGCUAUUUGCAGCAUUAGGACCUUUAUCUGGACCAGUGGUUAGAGAAAGGCUUGAAUCUGCCACCUUGUUAAUGGUUGAUGAUUUCAGCCCUUUGCAAACAUUAGCAGUUAUAGAGACCAUGGAAGAGAUGGAAUCCAGGAAUCCACAACUAAUUCAAAAAGUUGUAACAAUUUUGUACACACAACUGGAUCAAUACAAGCCAGUGGAUGUUGCAAGAAUAACAAAGGCACUGCUGUCACUGCGUUGUCAAAAUCCAGAGUUAUAUGCAAAAUUGAGGCAAAUGUUAAUAAGUUAUCUUCAUCGCAGUGUCAUCCCUUAUGAAGUGUCCAUGUUAACUCGAGUUCUGUCCCUCCUUCCCUCUCCGCGAAUUGAUAACCUGAUCUCUGCACGUAUCAAUGCUGUCUUGCCACAGUGUAAUUUAAGUGACUUGAAUGCAUUCGCCAUUGCUAUCACCAAGUGGGUACGGAAUGGCUCCUUAUACCAACCUGGCAUAGCAGCAGUGUACGUGAAGCUACUACAGAAGCUGAAUAAAUGUGGUUUGGAACGAUUGCGGAAGGCAGACUGUAUGGAUCUACUGAUGGAAGAGCUAAAAUUCAUCUCUGGAGAAUGGUUUGAAGAAGUCCUUGCUGAAGAAACUAUGACAACCUUCGAACGAUUGAUUGAUCAGGUGACUGAGUCCAAUGUUGCAGAAUUCGCCCUGUUUCUAACUAAAACAAAUUGUCUACAUACUGAUCUGCUGGACCAAAUAGCAUCUGUCACGCUUAAACAUAUCAACAAGAUCCAUUAUUCAGCCAUAUAUGCCACUCUGCUUCCAUUCACCAUCCUGAAUUAUGAUCCUCCACAAGCUGAAGAAUUUUUUGAAUCCAGUAUACAGCAUAUUAGGCCUCAUUUGAAUUUAUGUGACCCUCAUCUGCUAGUCCUAUUUGGUUACUCACUAGCCCUAGCAGGCUACUUUCCUGACGAUCUAAUUAAGACUAUUUUUAGUGUGGAUUUUCUAGCGAAGUUGGACUCUCAACUGGAUACAUUGCCUGAUGUUCUGAACAUGCGAAUCCGGUUACGUUUAAUGGAGUUGAACAGAGCUGUCUGUUUAGAGUGCCCGGAAUUCCAGACGCCUUGGUUUCAUGACCGUUAUUGCCAGCAAUUACUAAAUAAAGGUAAUCCUUCUGUCAGUUCUACCCAGCAGCAGAUUCAAGAAAUAUUGGAGCACGUUUUGGGAGGAAGUAUCUAUUCCAAAACCUCUGUGUUUACCCCAUAUUAUUAUUUAAUAGACUUUGAAUGUGUCCUUGACAAACAUCAAAAGCCUCUCCCUUAUGUGGAUCAGAGUAUUAAGCUACUUUCUGAGAAAGGAAAACUAAGUUGGGAGCCAGACAACAAACAGCUAGUACCUGGAGCACAAAGGGUUGCUAUAGAUUUUCUUGACUCCAAAGCCUUCUGCAAGAACUCUCCUCACAUGAAAGGAGAAACUAUUAUGAAAAGGAGACACUUGGAGAUUUUGGGAUACCAUGUAGUACAGAUCCCCCAUUUUCAAUGGAAUUCCAUGGAAUUAUCCACAAAGGAUGCAUGGGUAGAAUAUCUCAAACAAAAGAUAUUUACAAAAGAAUCUUGAAGUCAUGAACUAAAUUUUAACAAAAAUGGUUAUUGAAAGAUCAGCUGUGGAAAUGUAUUGAAUAUUGUAAUAAAGCAGAUUUGUUCUUGUG